GGGAACACACGUAAAAUGUUCUGGGGAAUAAGCCCUGCGUUAGACCUGCAAGAGGAAUACUUAAGAUAUGGUGAUGAAAAUGCCUAUGAACUCAACUUUCUUAUCAUCGGAGGAUGCGAUGCAAGGCAUCUUAUCAAAACCUUGGCUCAAGCAUAUCGCCAUAAACGACGUUACAUGAAUUUGUUUGUAGUCGAUGGCUGUCCUGAACUCAUCGCACGUCAAUUGCUUUUACUAUCCUUGGCAUUGGAGAGAACCACGCGGUGUGGUUUACUAGAAAAGACCAGACGUUUUCUGGAAGUGUAUGGAAAUCUCCUACUUCGAUCGUCAACUUCACGGUAUUUGAACGCAAAAGCUCGUCAACUUGUAUGUAUGAUUACUAAUCCAGAAUACAUGAGCUGUCUCUUACCGUGCAUCUCGGUGGACCAGACAAAAUAUAGAGAACGGGAUUACAUUGAAAAUCUCUUCAAUUUUUGGACUACAGGCAACACGAAUCAAUUUAAUGCCUGUGAGCUGUGGGAACAUCGCAUCCGUCACAGCCUUGGAGUCAGAUACGACAACAGGGCUGGAGUAUUCGAUUGGGAUUAUCACAUGCGUAUGAAAGAAGUGGCUAGUCAGAUUUGCUUCCAAGAAUACAAACAUUUUAGAGAGCACGGUGUUGCAUUUACAUGGUUGGAGACGGAGGUUUGUCGCCCAAAUGUUAGUUUCUCUGCUGGCGUUUAUAAAUGUGGAGAUCGAUACUUGCAUCGUGGAUAUCUUGGCGAUUUGGUGACGUCGCCGUAUAUCGCAUAUGGAUUGGAUUGCGAAGAUAAAGAUAUGUUGAAGUCUACUCAUGGUGUUAACUUUAAGCGCGCUACAGACAUUUCUGAACGGAAUGUCAUGCGUUUGCUUUAUGAGCUGGAGAAUCGUCAGGCUUUCGAUGUUAAUAAGUAUAGUUUGGAUACCCAGAACUUAGGGAUGGUGACAUUAAGCCAGCUGGAUGCGAAGAUUUCUGAUAUUGUUCCAGAAGCUCCGUUGAUUUUGCACGAAGACAGGGAGACGUAUAUCGAAGUGGAUUACGGGAAGGUUCAUUUUCUGUCUUUGUCUGCAUUGGAACAUUAUCCGCAUAAGCCACACUUCCAAGGACUUUUCCAUGGCGUUUUUGUGGGUCAUAAUAUGCUAUCGCGAUUGAAGCCGAGUGUUUGGUCGAUGGCACGUGAUGAUGCCAUUGUGUUAAUGGAAACUCGGAAGUAUAUGGUUGAAUUUAAGAGGGAAGAUGUUAAGUCAUAUGGAGAGAUUAUGCAGCAGGCAGCUACGACUGCGCAGUGUGAUAAAAUUUCUGCGAUCAAUCCGGAAAAGGAUGAUUUUGCGAAGUAUCUUAUAAGAAGAAAGAGUGAGAGUACCGAUAUAUCGAUUUAA